AUGGUUGGUCUUGUUUUCGUUCUUUUCUUUAUUUUAUUCUUGAUAUUUUUCUAUCGUUUAGAGCUUGCAAGGCAUCAAAUAUUCUUCUUGUUCUUGUUCUUUCUUCUUCUUCUACACCCUCCUCCUCCUUCGUCUUCUUCUUCUUCUUCUUCCACACCCUCCGCCUCCUUCCUCUUCUUCUUCUUCUUCCACACCCUCCUCCUCCUUCCUCUUCUUCUUCUUCUACACCCUCAUCCUCCUUCCUCUUCUUCCACACCCUCCUCCUCCUUCCUCUUCUUCUUCUUCUUCCACACCCUCCUCCUCCUUCCUUUUCUUCUUCUUCUUCUUCCACACCCUCCUCCUCCUUCCUCUUCUUCUUCUUCCACACCCUCCUCUUCCUCCUCCUCCUCCUCCUUCUUCUUCUUCUUCUUCUUCUUCUUCUUCUUCUUCUUCUUCUUCUUGCGCCUGCCACCUAGCCAUCAGAUCUUGAAGCAAGCGUUACGACAACGCCGACCGAGGGUUCCUAUCUCGUCAGGGGUUCCUAUCUCGACAGGGGUUCCUACCUCGUCAGGGGUUCCUACCUUGAAAGGGGUUCCUAUCUCGUCAGGGGUUCCUACCUCGACAGGGGUUCCUAUCUCGUCAGGGGUUCCUACUUCGACAGGGGUUCCUAUCUCGUCAGGGGUUCCUACCUCGACAGGGGUUCCUACCUCGUCAGGGGUUCCUAUCUCUUUCAUAUACCAGAUAUCCCAUAUCUAUCUAAGUUUACUCCUUUUCUUUCUUUUUUCUUUCUUUCUUUCUUUCUCUCUCUCUCUCUCUCUCUCAGCAGGUAUGCUCAUUAUCUAUAUCUCACUUCCUUCUCUCUGCAUCAGUUCUUAUCCAUCUAUCUAUCUAUCUAUCCAUCUAUCUAUCUAUCUAUCUAUCUAUCUAUCUCAGACUUUCCAUAUUUGUGUAUCUCAGUCUGUUCGUUGUCUAUCUCCCACUACCGUCUCUCUCACUCGCAAUCUCUUUCUCUCUCUUUAUCCUUCUGUUUUUCUCUCUGUUUCUCUCUCUCACUUUCUUUCUUUCUUUCUCUCUCUUUCUCUCACUGUCUUUCUUUCUCUCAUACUUUCUUUCUCUCCCCCUUUCUCCCUCUCCCCCACCUUUUGUUCUCUGGUAUAUAGCACUAUCUUAAUCUCUUCAUUAUCUACCGACAACACUCCCUUCAUUAUCUAUCUAUCUAUCUAUCUAUCUAUCUUUGUGUUAUGGUCCUCUAACACUAUGUCUCUUCAUUAUCUACCGACAACAUCCCCUUUAUUAUCUAUCUACCUACCUCUCCGUCUAUCUGUUGUAACCUAA